AUGUCCUCAGAAAUAGCUGGUGUCAUAGAGGAAACUGAAGACCUUCACCUAUUCCCAUCAAAGUCACCUUCAACUCCACCACCGACCUCAUCAACACAGACAAAGACUAGAGAUAUCACACUUACCGAGAGAAUGAUCAGUGCAUGUUCAGGUUCAAUCAUAACGUCAUUGAUCGUAACGCCCUUAGAUGUUGUUAGGGUACGUUUACAACAACAAGAAUUAUUAUUACCAAGUACAAAUUGUUGCAAGAAACAAGUGUUUUGGGAAGCUCCUAUCGCAGCUACAAGUGCAGCGAUAUCCUCAACUUUAGGUAAUAACAAAUCACCAGGUUGUGUCACUUCAGAUAAUGUCUGCAUAACUGAUAAAAAAAUGAAUGGAACGUGGAAUGCAAUCUAUCAAAUAUCCAAAUCAGAAGGACCAACAACGUUAUGGAGAGGGUUAUCUUUGACUUUGUUAAUGGCUGCACCUGCAAAUAUUGUUUAUUUCACAGGGUAUGAAGUUUUGAGAGAUAAUUCACCUAUAAAGCAUUAUGAUGUCCUAAAUCCGUUAUUAUGUGGUUCUAUAGCUAGAGUCCUUGCAGGUACCACCGUGGCACCAAUUGAAUUGUUAAAGACUAGAUUGCAAUCAAUACCAUCUUCUGCACAAAAUAAAACAAAUGCUUUGAAAAAUUUAUUACAAAAUGCUUCACAGGAAUUGAAAACAAAAGGUCCCAAAACUUUAUUCAAAGGUCUUGAAUUAACAUUAUGGAGAGAUGUUCCUUUUUCUGGUAUUUAUUGGGCCUCUUAUGAAUAUUUCAAAAACUGCUUUAGUAAUAAUUUGAAUGUGAUGGCAAAUGAUGAAUAUAAUUUAUUCCUUCAUUCAUUCCUUAGUGGUUCAAUAUCAGGUUCAAUUGCAGCAUUGGCAACUAAUCCAUUUGAUGUGGGUAAAACAAGAUUACAGAUCAGUAUUGAAAAUAAUAAUGGGACCUUGGGUACAACAAGUAAAAAUCCAUCAAUGUUUAAAUUCAUGAGUGAUAUUUGGAAAUUUGAAGGGUUUGGUGCAUUAUAUGUUGGUAUUGUUCCUAGAGUUUUAAAAAUUGCUCCAUCUUGUGCUAUUAUGAUUUCUAGUUAUGAAUUGGGGAAAAGGUUUUUUUCAAAGACUAAUGUUGAUUGA